AUGGGUUCACGGUAAGUGCGAGGAUUUACUUGGUGAGGAAAUGCUGGAAGCUGCAGCCGAGAACGGCUUCAGAUGUUCGUUGUGCAGACCGCAAGGGAACACGAUGGGCAGUGAUGCGUUGAACGUGCUGCAGUGCGACAAUGUUUCGAUGAAUAAAUGCGCUCUCGACGUACUGCACACCAAAUACGGUGGAUCGGUGUUCCGAUCGACUCCAUACCAGGAUUCAUUCUUCGAUAUGCCCGUUCACUCGUUCAUCAGUAGAGGACAUUCCUUUGACGGGAUUCCGGAUGUUUAUGAAGACGAUGAAUUGGAAUUUGUGAAUGUACCGCCAGUUACUAGUGGUCGUGGUAGGGGAAUGCGCGGUGGUGGACCGGGACGGAGAAUGCAGAAACUCGGUGUUGGAGGGUUUUCGGUG